AUGGGGAGCCGGGAGUGGCCGCUGCCUCGCCUGUACGAGCUCUUCCUCGAGCGCGACCGGUGGCCGCCGGAGGCCAGGUUCAUCGAAGCCGCCCACCACGGCGACGUCCUCGAGAUCAAGAAUUUUACGCCCGUGGAGCAUGCUGUCAAACAUGGCCACCUCCCUGCCAUCAAGUACCUUCUUGACCAUGGUGCUGAUCUGCAUCUGCAACGCGGAGAUGGCACUCUUCUUCAUUCAGCUACAUCUCGUGGGCAAUCUGAAAUAGUAAAGUUUCUCCUUUCUAAAGGAGCUGAUGUUGAUGCAAUAUCAGAUCUUGGGACACCACUCCUUCUUGCUGCUCUUAAAGGACAUCCUAGUACUCUCAAGAUCCUUUUGCAGCACGGUGCAGAUCCCAACAAGGUUGCUGGUCUGUUUGGAAUUAUAGACGUGGCAUUACACAAAUCUUCUGUGUCCUGUGUGAAGCUAUUGAUUCAGGGUGGAGCUAAUGUGAGCGGUAUUAAUCAUUUGGCAAAGGCUGCAGAGAAGGGCUUAACUGAAGCUAUUAAGUGCUUGUUGGAAGCUGGUGCAAACCCAAAUGUUGUUGACAGGUUUGGUAGAUUGCCAAUAGAGUUGGCUGUUGAGUAUGGUACACGGGAAGAUGUCGAGAUUCUCUUUCCUUUCACCUCUCCCAUUUCAACUGUGGCCCAUUGGAGCGUUGAUGGAAUCAUUAGUCAUGUGCAGAUGGAAAUCAAGCAACUUGAGGAUGAUAAUUUUGUGGAGAAGAGGAUCUCUGACCUAAAGCAACAAGCAGCUGAAGCAUUUAAGAAGCAGGAUUACCUAAAUGCAUCAGUGUUCUACACACAGGCACUGAAGAUGGAUAACUUUGACGCAAAGUUGUUAUCAAACAGGAGCCUCUGCUGGCUUCGAAUGGGUGAUGGAGAAAGGUCUUAUGAUGAUGCAACUGAAUGCAAAAAGCUGCAGCCAAUGUGGGCAAAGGCGUACUAUCGGCAAGGAGCAGCUCAAAUUUUAAUGGAGGAUUAUGAUGAUGCUUAUCACUCACUCUUGCGUGCUUUGGAGUUGGACCCGGGAAGUCAAGAGAUUGCGAAAUUACUCUUGGAGACUAUUGAGGUGGAACUGGUAUGA